AACGGUCGUGUCAACGUCAACCUCGAAUCAACAGUCGCCAGAGCAAUUGUUGAAAGCAUCAAUUAUCAGCAAGAACUUCGUCGCGAAUCCAGUGAUUACCGCGAGAGAGUUGCACAAUCAACACCAUUUGAUUUAAAACUAAAUAUAGUCAUUCAAAUAGUGGGCAGUCGUGGAGAUGUACAACCAUUUGUCGCAUUAGGCAAUGCCUUACAGAGACAUGGCCACCGGGUUCGCAUCGCGACACAUGGUGUCUUUGCCGAUUUCAUCCACAGCUCCGGACUUGAAUUCUUCCCUAUUGGAGGAAACCCAGCAGAUCUGAUGGCAUAUAUGGUAAAAAAUCCCGGUCUUCUUCCUCAAAUGCAAACUUUGCGAGAGGGAGAAAUUUGCAAAAAGAAGAUUAUGGUGGGCGAAAUGCUUGAAGGCUGUUGGAGAUCUUGUAUCGAACAUGAUCCAUACACUCAAGAACCAUUUGUGGCGGAUGCUAUUAUCGCUAAUCCGCCCAGCUUUGCCCAUAUUCAUUGCGCUCAGGCGCUAAGUAUUCCUGUUCAUUUGAUGUUUACGAUGCCCUGGAGCAGUACCAAGUCUUUCCCACAUCCUCUCUCUAGCUUGACUGCAGAUCCGGAGUACAAAGGGCUUGAUUGCUGGGUUUCUUAUGGCGUGGUGGAAUGGCUUACAUGGCAAGGACUGGCGGAUGUUGUCAAUAACUGGCGUGCUUCAAUAGACCUGGGCCCAAUCCCGACAACGGAGGGCCCAGGGCUACAUGAAUCAUUGAAGAUACCAUUUACUUACUGUUGGUCGCCUGCUUUGGUACCGAAGCCACAGGAUUGGCCAGCCUAUGUUGAUGUCUGUGGAUUCUUCUUUAGGGAUCCUCCACAAUACGACCCAUCCCCUGAACUGCAAGAAUUCCUGCUAUUGGGAUCUCCUCCAAUAUACAUUGGAUUUGGAAGUAUCGUGGUGGACGAGCCUGAAGUCCUAAUAGACACUGUUCUAGAAGCAGUCAGAGCCAGCGGUGCGCGAGCUGUUAUCUCCAAAGGCUGGAGUAAUAUGAAUGGAGGGGAGGACGAAAAUAUUUUCUAUAUUGGUGACUGUCCACACGAAUGGCUGUUUCAGCAUGUGGCUGCGGUUGUUCAUCACGGCGGAGCUGGUACCACGGCAUGUGGCUUGAUAAACGCAAAGCCGACAGCCAUUGUGCCAUUUUUUGGAGAGUACGAUCCGCCCUCCCUCCUAUAUUAUCCCGAUACUGAUUUCAUAUACUAUAGUCAACCUUUCUGGGGUGACAUGGUCGCCAACGCCGGUGCAGGACCGAAGCCUAUUCCCCAUGAGAUUCUUACAAUUCAUAAUCUUACUGCUGCUAUCAAGUUUUGCCUUACACCAGAGGCCGCAGCUGCUGCCCAAAAGCUGGCCAAUAAGAUGCAUACUGAAUGCGGUGUCGAUGAGGCUGUGAAGUCAUUUCACCGCAAUCUUCCCUUGGAACGGAUGCGCUGUAGGAUCCUGCCAGAUCAGGUAGCAGUCUGGAACUAUAGAAAGGGCAAACGGAGUCUGAAUCUGUCAAAGAUGGCUGUACAGACAUUGAUCGAGUACUCCAAGAUAGACACCGACAAUCUCCAAUGCCAUGAUAUAAACCCAAUAACUAUCGAAAACCGUCGUUGGGAUCCAUUAACCGGCGUGAUAUCCGCGGGUAUAUCCACAGGAACUCGAAUGUUGAAAACAAGCACAGGAAUGAUAUACGAGCCGUUCAAAGAGCUUACGCGUGCAAAAUCAUCGCCCGCAUCUGAGCAAAACCGACGGGGAUCAACAGAGAGCACUCCAUCACUAAGGUCCAGAUCCACAACAAAUCAAACUGAGAGCAACCGCCCCGCCAGUCCAAGAAGCCCGUUAACAACAGCAGGAGACAUGGCAGGCGCGUCACUAAAUAGUUUCGGCAAAUUCACAACGGGAUACUUCAAAGGUGUCCUCGUCGAUAUCCCCACUGCAGCGGCAGAUGGAUUCCGAAAUGCAUCACAAGUCUACGGAGAUAAGCCCAAAGACUACGGCACCGUUACAGAUUGGAAGUCCGGAGCCAAAGUCGGUACCAAGAACUUCGUGGGUGGUAUGAAAGAAGGUAUCACAGGCCUUGUUAAGCAUCCUUGGAAAGGAUAUCAAGAGGAUGGACGACAGGGCGCGUUGAGGGGAUUAGCCAAAGGGGCUAUUGGGCUUGCCACAAAAGCCCCAUCUGCCGGAAUCGGGAUCUGGGCUUACCCGUCGCAGGGUAUUGCGAGAAGUAUUGAAGCAAAGUUUCGAGCAAAGACUCGCAAGGCGAUUGUUAUUGCUCGCCUUAUAGAUGGGUAUGCUCAGACUAUUAAAAUGCAGUUGUCGGAGGAGAUGAAGCAAGAAAUUGUUCGAGAAUUCGAUCGUCUUAUGGGACUUGAUUAUUAA